AUGGAACCACCACCACAAAUCGCCAUCGCCAUCUUCGACUUCAACGAGAAGCGCGACGCAUCGCCACGCCACGCUUCGGCCCAGCUGUCAAUGGCGUGCUCUGGCGAAAAAGCCGCGCUGAAGAAAUUGCGGAUGCGGAUUCAAGCGCGCAAACGCCGAUCCUCAGCAAUCAUCGAGUUCUCGCUCAAGCCCGGCGUCGACCUUCGCGAUGAUUCCAGGCCGCCUCGGAGGCUCUUGGACGCCACGUUGCGCUACAUCAGCUCCAUCACCGGCUGUCGCGGUAUCGAAUGGGGAUUAAGAGUAGAUGUAGGUGUAGAUGCAGAAGCCAGUUUCUUCUGCUUGAUUUACUGGGACAGCGUCGUCGCCUGGCACAAGUUUCAGCACUCUCUCGGCUUCACUCCGCUGGUAGCGCUGCUUGCGUCGGACGUUUCCAACCGCUGUGCGAAAUUUGCAGGAAGAAUUCCAGGCGCUCUGGAACUUGGUGAAGCAGUGCGAACCAACGCAAUAAUCGAUGUUGCAUCAGUCACCUUCAGCGCCCAAGAAGCGUCGUCGCAUGAGCGCCGUUUGGCCUUUGAGGAGAAAUGGAACGCUCUCGUCACUUCACUGACGGAUGGUGAUGGUGACAACGGCCUUUUACACUCUCAUGUCAUGCGGCUUGAGAAUAACGCCUCGACAUUCGCCGAUCCAUCUCCAGCGGAAGCUGCUGCUGCGAAUGUCUCGGCCACUUUUACCGCAUUCCUCGCCUGGGAUGGAAUUAACCAUGACAUCCAUCGUGCCGAGCAUCUCUGUGACAGCCUACAAACUUCGCUGCUGCCGUCCUCUCGCGGAAACGAGCCGCCCAGCAUCUUGAGAAAAUCGGUUCAGCUCAUCAACCGAGUCCAACCACAAGAAUCUCACGAUCUACCGCAACAAUCACCCGCACUGCUCACCAGCUUGGUCUCUAUUCUUCAAGGUGAUUUCCCACGCCAAUGCAGCGCUGACCUCUUCAACCUCAGGGAACAUGCCCGUCACGUCCUCGAUCGCAGCAUCAGCGACGCAAGGGCAAGGACGCGGCUGUUCCCGCUACCGCAGGGCUAUUUUACAUCCCAAGGCGAGCUGCACGAGGGCAGCAUGUCCGUGAUUCCAGAAUGGCGGAGCAGACAGGCACCUUGGGGUCAUUACCUCGUGGACAUUGCUUGGAUGCAGCUGAAGCGGCAUUCCGUCCGGACUCACGGCCCUCGCAUAUACAACCAGAUCAAGAACGAUGUAGGCGCACUGCCAGGUUUUGUCAAGGCCUUUUGGGCUCGUGAUGUCGAGGACGACACUAAAUUCGCCAUACUGCCAGUCUGGGGUAGCCAACAUGCGCAAAGAGCAGUCUCACACGACUCUCGUCGGAUGCUGGACGACUUUGUCGCAUCGUCACCUCACAUAUCAUCACCAUUAACGUACCAAUCUUUCCCGAUAGCCCGAGACCACGAGGGUUCAACAGGGCUCGAUCGCGUAGAGUGUCUCGAGUUGAUCUGGUUCAAUCUCCCACCAGGCGCGCUCGAGCGUCAGCUCUUCGAGCAUGCCUACGGCGUCUUUACUCGCAUGACGGUGCCUUCACAACAAGGAGGAAUCCCCGCCGCGGUCAAAGUGAGUAGCGACUUGGGGGGCUGGCAACCAGCCGAAGCCACUGAGAGUUCCGACUCUCAAACCUUUACCGCGGCGCUGGCUUGGAUGAGCCCUGCCGCAAGACAAGAGUGGUAUGGGGAGCUGCUCGGGGCCUCGCUCUGGUCGUAUGAGCUGUUUGGCCACAAGCUCGACGCCCUGAAGAUGUUGGCUACGGGAGGGGUUUCGGGGCGGUUCCUGGCCAUGCAGAGGUCUUGA